AGACCCAGAUAGGAGACUGGUCUCUUCCCCUUUCUCACUCAAAGUCUCAAACACACCGGUUUCACUCUCACACAGAGACAUUUCCUACAAAACACUUGCAGAAAGAAGCCUUCUUUUGCUUUGCUGCUGAGUGCCGAGCAAUGGCAAGACCGCAACAGCGAUACCGAGGUGUCCGACAAAGGCAUUGGGGCUCUUGGGUCUCUGAGAUUCGUCACCCUUUACUAAAGACUAGAAUUUGGUUGGGAACAUUUGAGACGGCUGAAGACGCAGCCAGGGCAUAUGAUGAAGCUGCCAGGCUUAUGUGCGGACCAAGAGCCAGGACCAAUUUCCCUUACAACCCAAAUGCGUCUCAGUCCUCUGCCUCAAAGCUUCUCUCCCAGACUUUGACGGCUAAGCUACACAGGUGCUACAUGGCUUCACUCCAAAUGACCAAAUCAACCUCACUUAAGCAGCCCAGCAAGCCCCAGCUUUCCUUUGUUGACACCAAAAAUGUUGGCAUUGUUGAGGAUGAGAAACCGAGCAUCCAAGUUCCAGAGAAAAAACCAGCCGUGCCAGAGGAGCCUAAACAAGAACAAGAAGAAGAGCCAAAUUGGGGAUUUGUGAAUAAAGUCAAAGUGGAGAGCACCCAAGAUGAAGAAUCCAUAGAGCGUCUUGAAGAUGACCACAUUGAGCAGAUGAUCGAGGAGUUGCUCCAUUAUGGGUCGAUUGAGCUAUGCUCUGUUCAGUCUGUUGUGACACCACCACAAACACCUCAGGCCUCUCUAAUCUAAGCCCCAAAACCUUAAUCGGUCUCAGCCAAUUAGUAUUCAAGUAUGCUAUUUCUUUCUCUGCCAAAUGCAAACCCAUUUAGCAGAGUUAACCCCAAUUUUCUCUUCAGCUCUAUAACUUUAUUAGCUAUGAUGAUCCCCUUUGAUUAAUUAGGACUUGCUAGCUAGCUCCUGAGUAACACAUUCGAUGAUGGCAUCAUGCUAUUGCUACAUGUACAUUGUUUAUUUAUCUAUCUAUUUUGUAUAAUAUUUAUUCCAUGCUUAAGGUAUGGCU